GUGACGGUGUACCUGGGAAAGAGAGACUUCGUGGAUCACCUGGACCACGUCGACGCUGUAGAUGGCGUGAUCCUCGUGGACCCGGAGUACCUGAAGGACAGGAAAGUCUUCGUCACGCUCACCUGUGCGUUUCGUUACGGCCGUGAAGAUCUGGAUGUUCUCGGUCUGUCGUUCAGGAAGGAUCUCUACAUCUCCACCUUCCAGGCGUUUCCCCCGGUGCCGGAGGAGAAGAAACCGAACAGCCGGCUGCAGGAGCGUCUGCUGAAGAAACUCGGGCAGCAUGCUCAUCCCUUUUACUUCACU